AUGGGUGACAAUCGAGUAAGGAUCGGAACUGUGUUAGUGCAACGAGAAUGGCUAGUUCCUGGGCAUGCCCUUCUAAGCUAUGGUCUGCAUUGUGCGCUACUUGCUGGUGUCCCAGAGGAAGUUAUUAAGAGAGCAGCAUUUAUAUUGGAAGCUCUUGGAAACAAUGAACACGUUGAGCGAUUGUGCAAUGAGAGUGUAUCAGCUCAGGAUCAGCAAUACCAGAAUCUGGUGGACAAGAUGUUGGCAUUUGAUUUUCACAAAGGUGAUAUAGAUCUGUUUUUUCAGGGCUUAUUUUCAACUGAGUCCUAAACAAGCACUAAAGAAAAUUUCGCCAACAUUGUGAAUGCAGAAAGGUUGAAAGUUGCGUCUGGCAGGCCAGCAAUACUUUCCCUUCUCCAUUGAAGAGAAAGGUUGAUUCAUUAGGUCAGAUAGUUC